AUGGGUUCCAGAAGGAAUUUCCCAGCAGUUAUCCCACUGCAGCUCUCUUGCUUGUGCAUUUUCUCCCUUCUGCUCUCUGCAGCAAUGGCUUGGCCUCACCAAUAUUUUCCAACCACCUCCCUUCGAGUGGGUUUCUAUUCAUCAACUUGUCCCCCUGCUGAGGCCAUCGUCCGAAAGGCCGUUGAUAAAUUCGUCUCCCUCAACCCCGGCCUUGCUGCCGGCCUCAUUCGCAUGCACUUCCAUGACUGCUUUGUUCGGGGUUGUGACGCUUCCGUAUUACUAGACUCGACACCGGGUAACAUAGCCGAGAAAGAUAGUCCUGUCAACAACCCGAGCCUACGGGGUUUCGAGGUCAUUGAUAAGGCGAAAUCCCAGCUUGAGGCUAUAUGCCCGAACAAGGUAUCGUGUGCGGACAUCCUUGCCUUCGCGGCCCGCGACAGCGCGUCCAAAGUCGGAGGAAUCCACUACGAUGUGCCCGCCGGCCGUCGGGAUGGGCUCGUUUCCCAGGCCUCCGACGUGCUCCUAAACCUCCCGGCCCCAUUCUUCACUGCCCAACAAAUAACGGACAGUUUUGCCAAGAAAGGGUUGUCCCUCGAUGAGAUGGUGACCCUCUCCGGAGCUCACUCCAUCGGUGUCUCCCAUUGUUCUUCCUUCUCAAACCGCCUCUACUCCUUCAAUGCCACGAGCCCAAUGGACCCGUCCAUGGACCCGGCCUACGCGGCCUUUUUGAAAACCAAAUGCCCGCCGCCCAGCACUGCCAGGUCCGCCCCAGAUCCAACUGUGCCUCUGGACUCCUUGACCCCCAACCGGUUGGACAAUAGGUACUAUGUGGGCCUAAUGAUGAAGCGUGGGCUUUUAACUUCGGACCAGACUUUGCUUAGUAGCCCAUCAACUUCGUGGGCCGCGAGGAACAAUGCCAUGUACAGCUCUAUAUGGGCCGCAAAGUUUGCUCGAGCAAUGGUGCACAUGGGCUCCGUUGAGGUGCUAACCGGCCGAAAGGGUGAGAUCAGGAGGAACUGCCACGUCAUCAACUAA